AUGUACAGAUAUGAUGGUUACUGGCUCGACCGUCUGGUUCUACUGCUCGAUACAGGAUCCACAUCCGCCGUUAGAGCUACUGCGGCACAACAAUUGGGUGAAAUACAGAAGCAGCAUCCUGGAGAAUUAUAUAAUUUAUUACAGAGGGUCGUCGUGCAUCUUCGAAAUGACCAGUGGGAGACACGACUGGCUGCUGGGCAGGCUAUAGAGGCUAUUGCGAGCAACGUCCCACAGUGGGAUCCACAAGAACCCGCUCAAUCAGAAAGAACGUCCAUCGGAUAUGAUGAUUCAUAUGAAAAUAAACUUACUUUCGAGAGCUUUAAUAUUACCAGUGUGUUGCUGAAUGGAAGGCCCUUAUUGGGAUCUGCCGGGAAGGAAUAUGAUUUAGAUCUAAACGAUCUCAGUCCCACAGAGCGACUGGCUCUACAGCGAAAAAACUUAAAGCAGAGAUUAGGAUUAGGCAGUCAAUUUAUGGAUGAGCUAUUGGAUGACGCGGAUAUAAACGCUGAAGUAUUGUCAUCACCAACAACGUUUGGUACCACCCCUACGGCAAUGACAACGCCAAUGUCUACGACACCGAGCACAAUGAUUACAUCACCCAUAAAGCAAGAGUCAACUACACCUCCUCAACAACCUACGCCGUCUAUAUUACCAGAACCCGACUUGUCAGGAUUGAGUGCGCGAGAGCGGAACAGGCUAAAACGAAAAGCUAAGAAAGACGCGAAAGAUAAGGGGAAAGAAAAAGUCCGAGUUUUAGAUCUUGGAAGUUCGCGACGCACAGGAAAUGAAACCAGUGGACCUCCUCAAACACCGGUUGGUCCAAUAACAUCACCGACAGCAGUCAAAGUGGAAGAUGGACAAUCAGAAGAAUAUUUCAACUUUACCCCACAACCAUGUUCAAAUAAAAUAGUAGUAGAGGCGAAAAAAGAUGGUUCCUCAGCCAUUGGCGAUGAGCAGAAAAAUGAGUGGCCUUUUGAAAGUGUUUGUGAACUGCUUUGCCUUGAUUUAUUCGAUUCGCGUUGGGAGAUAAGGCAUGGUGCUGCUAUUGGUUUAAGAGAGAUUCUUAAAGUCCACGGGUAUGGAGCUGGACGCUUAAUCGGCUUAACGAAGGAGGAAAACGAACAAAGACAUAAUAAAUGGCUUAACGAUAUUGCAAUACGCCUUUUAUGUGUUUUUGCACUUGAUCGAUUUGGGGACUUUGUGUCUGACCAGGUUGUUGCACCAGUCCGCGAAACAUGCUCACAGACGAUGGGAGCUCUGCUGCGAUAUAUGUCACCUGAAGGUGUACAGAAUGUCCACGCAGUAUUACUAAAAUUAUUAUAUCAAUCCGACUUUGGCGAAUCACAAUCAAUAUGGGAAGUCAGACAUGCUGGAAUGCUUGGACUGAAAUAUGCAGUAGCGGUGAGAAAAGAUUUGGUUGAAAUAAUGCUGGACGGGACUGUUGGGGCUGUUAUACUCGGGUUACAAGACCGAGACGAUGACGUGCGUGCAGUUGCGGCAUCGAUAUUAUUACCCAUUGCCGAAUCAUUUGUACAGUUAUCGCCCCACAAUAUUCCUCAAGUUGUCAGUGUGCUUUGGGACUGUCUGAAGGAUUUAAAAGAUGAUUUAACUUCAUCUACUGGUAAUGUUAUGGAUCUAUUAGCAAAACUCUUUUCUUUUCCAUCGGUUUUGGAAUACAUGCGCACUGCGGCUGCGUCAAAUCCAGCGCAAUCUCUGUCAACUUUGAUACCACGUUUAUAUCCAUUUUUCCGACACACGAUAAUGUCUGUCCGAUCGGCUGUUCUCAAUACCCUCUUAACUUUCCUCAGUAUGCAAGAUGUAGAAGAAUGGGUUGAUGAUCGACUAUUUAGACUUGCAUUUCAGAACAUGAUUGUUGAAGAGAAACGAGGCAUUCUCGAACUUUCCAUCAAACUUUGGUCGUCCUUAUUAUCUCAUGCAUCCUUCAAUCCAACAAGAAUCACACACUUAACCGCGCCACACAUUCACUCAUGGUUCUCUAUUGUAAUGACACCACUUGGUACUCCGAUUGAUAGGCGAUUGCUAUUUACUCCAGAUGGUCAGGCUCUUACUCAGAAAGCCGACGUAGUAUCGACAGCGUCGCCCAGACGAGGACGCCGAGCACACGCAGGACAGCCAAAUGAAAGUGAUUCGGGUUUGGCGCAUAAUAUUGAUGUUGGGAUGUUACAACAAGACUUUGCUCUAGUGUCUGUAGAGACUGUUAUUAGAGGGCGUAUUGCAGCGUCGAAGGCACUCGGAAUGUUAAUUAGUCGGUGGCCUAACGAGGCUCUCGAAGAUAGUUUCAAAGAUUUUCUUCUCCCUCACCUCGCAUCGGGUUGGGCCUCAAACAAACAAUUCAGCGCUGUAGUUAUUGAAGAGUGGGCGCGCGCCACCAAUGAUCAAGAGAUAUCCUCGCUUUCCAUGUCUCACAUCCCUGUGACACCUUUUGCUUCCAUCCUUUCCAGUGCGCUAGUGGAAAUGCUUGAGUCUGAUCCUCCCAGUUUCUACCAUGAGCUUGUAAGCAUUCUCCGACGUAUUCGAGGCGAGUGCCAAGCACUGCUAAACACGUUCAUAAGUGAAGGUAGGGUUAGCAACCAGAAUAUACCCGCGCUUCCAACAAGUGUACUCGGCGAGCAGACUGUCGCAGACGCUUUGGUUUUCAGUAUCGAAAUGGCCAAACAGCUUACCACAGAGACUUUCGAUACUUUAACGAGUUAUGUUCCUCCUGCUAUUCGUUCUGCUGUUUUACCGCAAUUACAGGAUCGGAAGCGUCGAGUAUUGUCUUCUAUAGGAUAUUAUCAGUCAACUAAACAAAAAACAGAUAUAAAUGUAAAUGCAGCCUGUGCAGGCGCUGUAGUAUCAUUGCGCGUGCUUCCACCUAAGCUUAAUCCUAUAAUAAGAUCUAUUAUGAGCUCUAUCAAGAACGAGGAGAAUGCUGAGCUACAGGAGCGUUCCGCUGCGAGUCUUGCAAGUUUAGUUGCUCAAUGUGCAAUUGAACAGAACCCGUCUCGAAUAAAUCCGAAUGAUAAAAUUGUUAAGAAUCUCUGUACUUUUUUAUGUUCCGAUCAGACUACGACACCGGUAUUGCAGUCUAAUAAAAGUGAGGAAGGGAUUUUGUCAUUACAAAAAGCAAAAGAACCUGAAAAGAAGGUAUCCAACGGCGCUGGAGGGGAGAGUGCGAAAAAACAAAAGAUCAACGAAGAUGAGAUUAAGACUCAAAAGUUGAUUAGGAGAGGAGCGGAAACUGCACUUAAACAAUUUGCUCAUUUGUUUGGAUCGAGAUUGUUUGAUGUUGUGCCAAAACUAUGGAGCUGUAUGCAUUUGGCAUUGGAUAAUGUAUUUGGAUAUGAUGAACAAGAAAAAAUAGAUAUUGCGUUGCAAGCAGGUGAAAAUACUGGCCAAGAAGUCAUUGACUCUCUUCAAAUUCUUCAAUCUAUUACGCCGGUUAUUCACGAAUCGCUACAUUCGAAGAUCGCAGAAUUGCUGCCUUGCCUCGUCAAAACUAUUCAAUGUAAAUACUCAGUUAUUCGACACGUGGCAGCGCGAUGUUUUGCCACUAUAGCAAAUGUAAUUACUAUUCCCAGCAUGCAGAUUAUCAUCGAAGAAGUUCUACCAUUCAUGGGUGAUUCACAGAGCGUUAUCAACCGUCAAGGGGCAGCCGAGUUAAUUUAUCAUCUCGUUCAAACAAUGGAUGCAAAAAUAUUACCAUAUGUCAUCUUUUUGGUUGUUCCUAUCUUGGGACGCAUGAGUGAUGCAGAUGAAAGUGUACGAUUAGUUACUACCAACUGCUUUGCCAUGUUAAUCAAACUAGUGCCAUUGGAGGCUGGCAUACCUAACCCACCAGGAUUAUCGGAUAAGCUUACUCAGCAUCGCUACGGAGAACGUAAAUUUCUUAGUCAAUUGCUGGAUAGCAAUAGGCUUGAUCCUUACGAGAUACCCGUUACCAUAAAGGCCGAGUUGAGAAAAUAUCAACAAGAAGGUGUUAAUUGGCUAGCCUUCUUGAACAAAUAUCAGUUGCACGGUAUUCUGUGCGAUGAUAUGGGUCUUGGAAAGACAUUACAAUCAAUCUGCAUAUUGGCCAGUGAUCACCAUGCACGCGCGGUGAAACACGAAGCCACUAAAUCUCCAGAUUGUUCUCCGAUUCCGUCACUUGUUGUAUGUCCACCAACUCUUACAGGACAUUGGUAUCAUGAACUGUUAAAUUACACAGACUGCUUGAAACCUCUUCUAUACACAGGAGGGCCUAAAGAAAGAGAACGAAUUCGCCCCAAAAUUAUGAAUCAUGAUGUUGUUAUUAUGUCUUAUGACAUCGUUCGCAACGAUAUUGAUGAAUUGGCAGAUAUCAAUUGGAAUUAUUGUAUUCUUGACGAAGGCCACAUCAUAAAGAAUGGCAAAACCAAAAUAACAAAGGCAGUUAAGGCCGUUAGGGCCAAUCAUCGCUUAAUAUUGUCCGGUACUCCUAUUCAGAAUAAUGUACUUGAACUAUGGUCAUUGUUUGACUUUUUGAUGCCUGGCUUUCUGGGCACAGAGAAACAAUUCAAUGAACGUUUUGGAAAACCAAUACUAGCUAGUAGAGACAGCAAGAGCUCAUCAAAGGAACAGGAAGCAGGUGCGUUGGCGCUUGAGGCCUUGCAUAAACAAGUCUUACCAUUUCUCCUAAGACGUCUGAAAGAAGAUGUACUGAACGAUCUGCCUCCAAAGAUAAUACAAGACUAUUAUUGCGAGCUGAGCGACUUACAGAAACAAUUAUACGAGCAAUUCGCCAAGUCACAAGCCAAGAGCUCUGUUGAUACGGAACUGGAUUCAGAUAGCGAACCGCCAUCGAAGGAAGGCGAUAACAAAAAGGCUACACACAUAUUCCAAGCUUUGCAGUAUCUCCGUAAACUAUGCAAUCAUCCAUUACUAGUUGUCAAUGAAAAGCAUCCUCAAUAUGAAUCUGUUAUGGAGAAGCUGAAGCAACGCAAGUCUACACUGCACGACUUGCAAAAUGCUCCGAAACUUUUAGCAUUAAAACAACUUCUUCUUGACUGUGGAAUAGGGGUAACAACAGACGCCGAAUGCGAUCCCGUAGGCGCGGGGGCAGUAAGCCAGCAUCGGGCACUCAUUUUUUGUCAGUUGAAAACAAUGCUCGAUAUAAUAGAAAAAGAUCUUCUCAAGCCUUUUAUGCCUUCUGUCACCUAUAUGCGUCUUGAUGGCUCAAUUGAUGCCACUAAGCGCCAUGGGAUAGUACAAAAGUUUAAUCAAGAUCCCUCUAUUGAUGUCUUACUUUUGACUACGCACGUCGGUGGAUUGGGUCUCAAUCUGACGGGAGCAGAUACGGUUAUUUUUGUUGAACACGAUUGGAAUCCAAUGAAAGAUUUGCAGGCCAUGGACCGUGCUCAUCGCAUUGGCCAAAAGAAGGUUGUUAAUGUUUAUCGAUUGAUUACUAGAGGAACCUUGGAAGAGAAAAUAAUGGGCCUGCAAAAGUUCAAACUCAAUAUAGCAAAUUCGGUGGUUAAUCAGCAAAAUUCUGGAUUACAAAGCAUGGACACUGAACAAAUUCUUGAUCUCUUCAAUGUAACGCCCAACAAGUCCGAGAAGGGAGCCGGAAGUUCUAGCAAUAGUGGUGGGUUUGGGAAAGGCAAGAAAGUUUCGACAAAGACUGUGCUUGAAGGUCUAGAAAAUCUGUGGGAGGAUACACAAUAUGAAGAUCUUAAUUUAGACAAUUUCAUGGACUCAUUAAAUUCUGAACGGUAG